UUUGUUUGAAAAGCUAAAGUUUUGUUUUUAAAAUGAAACAAUUGGAACAAUUCCAACCCCAUACCAAUUAAGAAAUUUGAUUAAACAAACCAUUUCUUAUACGUGUUUCUAAAUUUGUAACAGAAUAAUUCAAAUCUUCAUUAAAGAAAAUCAUUAAUACAUCCAAUAGAGUAAUACAAUACCUACUAUCAUAGUUGUUUACUAAAAUUCAAGAAACAUCUGUGUAUUAUCUGGUUCUUAUGAAAAAAUGGUAUAUUAAAUGCGUACAGAAACAUUAUUUGAAUGUUAUUAAAUGCAUAUUUAUUGAAAUCAAGAUGAGUUUUCCUAAAGACAAUGAUACUACCCCAAGUAGCAGUUGUCAAAGUGAGGAGGAGGUUAGAAGUUGUAGAUUUAAAAAAAGAUUAAAUUACCCCACUUACUGUCCUGUCUGCAGUGUGACUAUACGAGAUUCAGAAGCAAAUUUACACUUAAAUUCUGAAAUUGAAAAACUAAAUAAAUUGCAGGUUUCCAAAGUUAAAUUAUUAAAUGGAAAAAACACCCCAAGCUCUUCAAAUGAUUCAGUAGAAAAGAAUUCUGAUAAAAAUUGGGAAACAUUCCAAAAAAUCCGAUUAAAUAGACAAAGUAGGCAAAGGACAAAGACCAGGAAAAGAAAAGCUGAAGAAACUUGUCCUGUGUGUAAUCAAGAGGUACAAGAAGAUUUAACUUUACAUGUUGAAUUGUGUCUUAGAAGAUCUGAAGCAAAUAGUAGUGAAAGUGAUGAAAAUAUUGAUGUGGAAGCCUUUGAAGAGUAUGAUUGGGCUGGACAGUCUCGUAUUCGUGCAACUAGUUUAUUAGAAGGAGGGGUUUCUAGCUUAGGAACAACAAUAAAUAUGGUUGACGAUGAUGAAGAAUUAAAUGUUGAUGUUGAUGAUCAUCAAAUGUAUGGAUCUCCUGAGUAUUCUGAAACAGAUGUGAUACUACCUUGUGAAAAUUCUGAAAACCAAGCUCUUCGCACAGCUGUAACUGGAGUUGAACCAAAAAAGUGUGCCCCACAUAGAACUCAUCUGGAAAUUGCAGAAACCAAUGGAGAUCCUAUUUUAAAAGUUUUGAAAAAUAGAAUUGCAGAAUUGGAGAGUAGAGUGUCAAAUAAAGAAGAAGUGUUUAAGUGUUUAAUUUGUAUGGAAAGGUAUAGAACACCAGUGAUUUCGGUAUGUUGCUGGCAUGUGCAUUGUGAGGAAUGUUGGUUACAAACAUUAGGAGUCAAAAAAUUGUGCCCUCAGUGUAAUAUGAUUACUUCUCCAACAGAUUUAAGAAAGAUUUACAUGUAAAUAAGUAAUGUAUACAUUUUAUUAUCUUUAUCUGGUAAUAUUUACUUAGAUACUAG